AGGUCCAUAAAAACGGAAGACAAAAGGAUAAACGAUAUGCACCGCCCGUGGGGAUAUCUGGCCGAAGUAGUCGUGGGACUGAGAGGAGGGUGCUAGAUUGCUGCAUUAUUUCCAGUUCAGUCUUGCUGCCGCCCCAUCCCUCAAGAAAACUGGUAUCUUGCUUUCUUGCAGUUUGCAUCAGAUAUAAUUAGCAGUUCAUCCUCAGGAUUAUUCCAGCAACUGUGACCGUGAAAGAGCUUUCUCCAUGAGGGUCGGAGAUGGAGGGUGAAAGGAUUGGGAAUAGAGAGGCUGUGAAGCAGAGGACCAAAAGACCAGGUGUAGUAACAAAGAGAAUGCUAAUCAUAUCAAGUAUGAUAUGUGCAGGCAUCGCCUUUCUUCUUUGGGCAGCGUUAGGAUUUCCUCAAAAAUCUAGAAAUCCAAAGCUCUUUGACAACAAGACCUGCUCUGAGGAUGCAACUGUAUGUCCACAAGGCUGGAACCGAAUCAAUAAUAAUUGCUUCUUUCAAUCUGAAUGUGGAAAAACUUGGAUAGAUGGCCAGGCAAAGUGCAUGGCCCAUUAUGGAUCUCUGGCCAUAUUCAACUCCAAGAAUGAAGCGGAAUCUUUGAUGCCCUAUCUGGGACCCUCUUUUUAUUGGAUUGGACUGAAAAAGCACAAUGCAAGCAAACUCUGGAUAUGGACAAAUGGAGAAGCAUUCAGCAAUUGGUUCAAUAUUGAAGGAAGUGGAGAGUGUGCCUACAUGUUUAAGAAGGGCAUAAGUAGUGCCAACUGUGAUGAUGCAAGAAAAUAUAUAUGCAGCCAUAAAGGGUUUUGUCCUAGAUAAAGAGUUCUUCCCAUACAGGAAAUAAAGUAAUUAAA